GAAUAUAGGGAUGGAAUCUGUCCAUGCUGCUGUGAAAUCCUACAAAGUAAGCACUAUUAGUAAUGGGAGAAUUGAUAUGGAAACAGAUAGGAAUAAAGAUAGAAAUUUCUCAUCCUUCCCACCUCUUUCAUUUGGAUCUGAUGAAGAGCAGGGAUUUAGACAAAAUAUAAGGGAGGAAGAAAGUAGAAAACUCAAUCCAAAAAGAAUGAUCGACCAAAGUAGUAAGGAAGACAGAGGAAGGGAAGAUGAAAAGAAAAGGAGAACAUUAAAUCAAGAAGGGUUGAAAGAGCUGAUGUGUGAAAGAAAAAGGCAGAAUGAUGAAGCCGGGAGGAGAGAAGAAAUAAGGCAAGAGAAACAAAAACAAAUUAUUGAUCACAGUACUAAGAAAGAUAGAGGAGGGGAAGAUGAAAAGCUUUCUGAAAAGAAAAGGAGAACAUUAGAUCAAGAAGGGUUGGAGAAACAACAGUGUGAAAGGAGAAGACAGGCUGAUGAAGCCAGGUGGAGAGAAGAAAUAAGGCAAUUGGAACUAGAAAAUAAACAGAAACUAGAAGAAAAUGAAAGAGAGAGAGAAAAGAUAAGAAAUGAAAGAAGAGCUGCUUUCGUUGAAAGAAAAACAAAACGAAAUGCUGCACAGUCAGGCAGGUCACCAGUUUACAGGAGAGCAGAAAUACAAGACUUACUUUUGUUGGAUGUCACUCCACUGUCGCUUGGUAUAGAAACAGUUGAUGGUCUCAUGACACCUGUUAUCAAACGUAAUACAACAGUUCCAACUAGAAAGAGCCAGACUUUCACUACUUUAGAGGACUAUCAGAUCAGUGUGUUAAUUCAGGUUUAUGAAGGGGAGAGAACUAUGGCCAAGAACAAUAACUCUCUGGGAACAUUUGUUCUAACUGGAAUACCGGCUGCACCAAAAGGGGUACCUCAGAUUGUUGUCACCUUUGACAUUGAUGCCAAUGGUAUUUUUACAAUUUCUGCUGAAGACAAGCUUACUGGAAAGAGGAAUAGCCUCACAAUUACUAAUGACAAAGGUCGUUUGGGGUCAAAAGAAAUAGAUAAAAUGGUCAAUGAAGCAGAGAAAUUUAAGGCUGAGGAUGAACAACAGAGAAAAUGUAUUUCCGCAAAGAACGCUUUGAAAGGCUAUACACUUAACAUGGUAUCAACAAUUGAUUUUGACAAACAAGAAGUUUACAGAAUCAAAAAAAUACAAGACUUACUUUUGUUGGAUGUCACUCCACUGUCGCUUGGUAUAGAAACAGUUGAUGGUCUCAUGACACCUGUUAUCAAACGUAAUACAACAGUUCCAACUAGAAAGAGCCAGACUUUCACUACUUUAGAGGACUAUCAGAUCAGUGUGUUAAUUCAGGUUUAUGAAGGGGAGAGAACUAUGGCCAAGAACAAUAACUCUCUGGGAACAUUUGUUCUGACUGGAUUACCUGCUGCACCAAAAGGGGUACCUCAGAUUGAUGUCACCUUUGAUAUUGAUGCCAAUGGUAUUUUGACAAUUUCUGCAGAAGAUAAACUUACUGAUAAGAGGAAUAGCAUUACAAUUUCUAAUGAAAAAGGUCGUUUGGGGUCAAAAGAAAUAGAUGAAAUGGUCACUGAAGCAUACAAAUAUAAGGUUGAGGCUAAACAACAGGAAAAAUGUAUUUCUUCAAAGAAUUCUUUGAAAGGUUGUAUGCUUAACAUGGUAUCAGCAAUUGAAUUUGGAAAACGCAAAGAGAAACCAGUACUGCUGCAAACAUAUGCUGCAAGAUGUUCAUCUUUGCUAGAAAGUGAAGAAAGUGAAAGUGAUGUAUGCAUGGAUUUUAAUUUAUUUGAAGAUGAACCAGCUCUGUUGGACAUAAUACCAGUUAAAGAAAGUUCUAAGGCAAUUCGAACUCCUAAGGUUGCAUCUUGUAAAGAAAGUGAAAGUGAGGAUGAUGACUUAGGUUUCGGCUUAUUUGAUGAUGGAACCAUAGUAAAAGAUGAUUUUGUAUCAAAACCAACUCAACUAGAAUCAGAUAUGAUACACAUAGGUGACACAGACAUCGCUCCAGCCCGUAAAAAAGUGCAUGGAGGCAUAGCUUGCAUGCCACAGUCAACACCUAGCUACAAAAAACAUGGAGGUAAACAGUCAUCCUUAGUCCCAUCUAGCAGGAAGACAGAUGAAGUCACAGGGUAUUCAUCAUCAGUAAAUCAGAGAAGUCAAGCAAUUCCACCUCAGAGUAUGCAACCUCAGGCAAUGCAAGCAUCUUCACCCAAAAUGAUGCAACCAGCAUCACCUCAGACACAGCGAGCAACGUUACCCAAAAUAAUGCAACCCACAUCACCUCAGAGACGCCAAGAUUUUUUUACCCGAAGUAUGCAACCAGCAUCACCUCAGGUAAUGCAAGCAUCAUCACCCCAAAGUAUACAGUCGCCUGCUCCUGCAAUAAUGGUUUCAGAAGCAAGUCCUGAAAAGCAUAAACCAAUUUCAUUAUCAAAGUAUAAUGAACACCCAAAAAAGUCUGGCUGUAUGGGAUCACCUGAGGGUAAUAUAUGUAUUGGUGACUCAGCACCUCUAAGACAACAAACAACAAGUUCAUCAGAAAGUCAAAGCCAGCCAAACACGGCUUCACCUCAAUUAGCAGGAAGUUCAAGAUUUAGAGGAGGGGUGACACCACCUCCACUCUCACAGGUGCCUCAAAUAUCAAAGAGACCACUCCCAACACCCUCUCCAGCAGCUGUUAAAACAAAUACCAGUAAUAAAACACCAUCUUCCUUUCUAACAAUACCAGAGCAACAGAGAUCCAAAAUAACACCAACCCAAUCACAUCUACAGGCUGAGGAGAUACCAGGAGCACCAAGGCCUAGAGCUCCUGCCAGACGGAUGUCUGGGUCAUUAGGUUUGCAGUCCAAAUCAUGGGGUUCCCCAGCCUCUGCACUGCAGAACAGGUCCUUUGAUGAAGGUUAUUUAAGUGAUGCAAGAAGAUUAUCUGUUGACUUGACUCGUGAAAUGUUAGCGCAGACCAAAGAACCAUCACUUAUGGAGGAAACAGAAGAUGUCUCAGAACUUUUACAUGAAUUGGAGUUGGAGGAUGAUAACAAAAGUCUGGAUGAUAUUGUGUAUAUUGAUGAAAUAGAAGAAGUAAAACCAAGUAAAAAGAAAAAGAUGAAGAAAAAGGCUGUCUUGGAUAAUUCAUUUGAUCACUUGGUGGAAAGAUGCAGUAUAGAAGCUGAACAUGUGCAAAGUUUUUAUAAGACAGCUGGCAAAAAGAAGUCAACAAGUUACUUUUCAUCAAUUGGGGAUAGUACUAGAUAUGUAGUGGAUAAAGUCAAAUCAGUUGGAGAUUACAUCUUUAAGGACAGGGGUGUUAGAGAGGCAGAUAUAGCUUACUACAGAGAUGAUAGUGUUGGUGAUAUUUUAUCUUACCAUUCUGCAUCAACAGGUCAAGUUGAACCAACAAAGAGCCUUAGUGACUUUGGUAUAGGAUCAAUAAUUAAACCGAUCAGGACACAACAUUGUUUAGUGGACAAACAUAAUCUGGAUAAACUGUUCGAAUUACAAGGGGAGGAUGGUAGCUGGUGUUUGACAGAAAGGUUGUGCAAUCUACUGGGAAUUGAUUAUAAUGUCUGUAUGAAUAUUCUUAAAGAGGCUGGCAUUAAGUCUUUAGCAUUAAAAGUACAGGAUGAGAUUACGACAUUACUGGCAACCUGUAUUGCCCUGCUGGUUAUUAUACAAUUGGAGUCUCCAGACUGGGUUCCAAGUCAUGUUAAAGGCAAUAACUUUUGGCAAAAAGAGCUGACAAAAUGGCUGUCAGAAAGUACUGAGGGUGGUAGACAGCAAGUUGACGAUGAAAAUUUUCCUAAACAUAGUCGUAUGAUAAAAACUGUCAAUUUUUAUCAGCAGAAAGAGGAAGAGCAUAAAUUGACAUCAAGUAUGCUGGAGUUAGGUCACUCCUGGGGUGAGGUAGCAGCCAAGAUGUUAGGUGUUGCACAGUAACGUAUCUUUCUUGGGGUGAGGUAGCAGCCAUGAUUAUAGGUGUCAAUUUAUAACAUCUCUCUCCUGGGGUGAGGUAGCAGCCAAGAUCUUAGAUGUUGCCUAGUCACAUCUUUAAUACUGAUCUUCUGUCAUUGAUUGAAAAUGGUUAUGCAAAACAAAAUAAAAAUUGAUGCAAUAGGAUAGAAUUGGGGUUGUACCUGCAUCGUCUUUAUCCUGUAAGGCAUAACAAUUGUUAACUGUGAGAAUUUAUUUUCAUCAUAUCAUUUACAAUCAGGGAUCAAAUAUACAACUUUAAUAACAUUUAAUAGAUUAUUUAUUAUAAUGAGAUUGAUAUUUUGUUUUACAUGAGGCUACACAUUUGUAUUUCCUUAUCUAUUUACAAUUUAGUGAUAACAAUAAUGUGAUAAUUAGUUCAGGUGAUAUUGUCCCGAAGAAGUAGUAAAACACUGCUGUUGUUGUAUAUCUGAUUGUAGAAUACACUUAAUGUUAAUGAUCAAAAUGAAAAAUAUGUUGCAGAUAUUGGUUAAAUGAUAUA